GAUGAUGCCCGCAAGCUGCUGCACCUCUCGGACACCAUUGAGGAGGGCACCAUGCCCAAGGAGAUGUCAGACAUCAUCGGGCGGCUCUGGAAGGACACGGGCAUCCAAGCCUGCUUUGACCGCGCCUCCGAGUACCAGCUCAAUGACUCGGCUGGCUACUACCUGUCAGACCUGGAGCGUCUGGUGACCCCUGGCUACGUCCCCACAGAGCAGGACGUGCUGCGCUCCCGUGUCAAGACCACCGGCAUCAUCGAGACUCAGUUCUCCUUCAAAGACCUCAACUUCAGGAUGUUUGAUGUGGGUGGCCAGCGCUCAGAGAGGAAGAAGUGGAUCCACUGGGCGGUCACGUGCAUCAUCUUCAUCGCGGCGCGGAGCUCCUAUGACAUGGUCCUGGUGGAGGACGACGAAGUGAACCGCAUGCAUGAGAGCCUGCACCUCUUCAAUAGCAUCUGCAACCAUCGCUACUUUGCCACCACCUCCAUCGUCCUCUUCCUCAACAAGAAGGACGUCUUCCUGGAGAAGAUCAAGAAGGCCCAUCUCAGCAUCUGCUUCCCUGACUACGAUG